UUGGCUUGGAACGUUGGAUCUGGCAACCACAGUUGCACAUUUCACUUCUGUAUUUCCGGUUCCUUUUCUAACCCUUUCCUAACAAGAAGCCAUUAUGGGUAUCUCAAGAGAUAAAUGGCACAAGCGCAGGGCCACUGGUGGCCGUAUGGCCCAGCUCAGAAAGAAGAGAAAGUUCGAGCUUGGAAGACCCCCUGCACACACCAAACUUGGUGCGAAGAGAAUUCACACCAUCCGUACCAUGGGAGGCAACAAGAAGUACAGAGCUUUGAGACAAGAUCAUGGAAACUUCUCAUGGGGCAGUGAAGCUAUCACACGCAGGACCCGUGUCAUUGAUGUGGUGUAUAAUGCCUCUAACAAUGAGGCUGUGCGUACCAAGACCUUGGUGAAGAGCUGUGUUGUGCAGGUUGACUCUACACCAUUCCGUCAGUGGUACGAAGCCCACUAUGCUACUCCCCUGGGUCGCAAGAAGGGUGUAAAACUGUCUGAAGAAGACGAGGCUGUCUUGAACAAGGUGCGUUCUAAGAAGACGCAGAAGAAAUACGAUGAAAGAAAGAAGACUGCCAAGGUGGAGCCUGCCUUGGAUGAGCAGUUUGCUGCUGGCAGAGUCUAUGCCAAGAUCUCCUCUCGGCCAGGACAGUGCGGCCGUGUCGAUGGUUACAUCCUGGAAGGCAAAGAGCUGGAGUUCUACGCUAGAAAGAUGAAGUCCAAGAAGACCAAAUAGAUGUGGAAAUAAAAUUUUGUCGCACAGUUU